AUGAACCGAAGUAUUGACGUCAAUGGACUGCGCGAUGUGGUGUCCCAGAGGGAUAUGCACCGUAGCCAUUUACCUGAUGCUUCUAUAAUGAGUGGUACUUCAAAAUCAGCAGCAGGGGGAGUAGCAACUGGAACUGCUGUUGAAGAUACUGUGUUGUUGGAAGUUCUUAUUCCUGUGUAUACAAGAUUGGAGGACCGUGAGGAAGUGUGUCGUGAUCUUGGCAUCUCUGUUCUUACAGGCCGUGGAGGUGUUAAUGGUCUUUCACGCAAAAUAUGUGUCCGAUUGACCGAUCCUACUGAUCCUUUUUUUCUAUUUGAGUUGGAACUUCUUGAGGAUGACUACGGCUUAUUUAAGCAGCGAUUGGAGCUACUGGUGGAUUUCAGUGGAUUUCCCAAGUACCUUGUCUCUAUGCUAAAUGGUGUGGUGAAUGGAGUGACUCCAUACGUGGUAUGCUUUGUAGUGGAUAGCCGUGACGCUGUUCGAGGAACACUUCGGGUGUUGGAGCGCACCGAUUUCCGCACAGUAGAACACAUUUCCCUCGUCUUGCUUCGUCAAGGCGAUGCGGGACAGAAGCGAUACCUUGCGGAGCGCUUUCAGUACUAUGAGCGGGCCUACACACGUGCGUUAGAGGAGCACCGCAUGGAGUCCUCAGCGGCGGCGGCGAAUAUUGAGGCGCUGAAGAAUGAAGUGGCGUCUCUUGAGGAGAGCGGGGCGGCGGUGCGGGAACAACUGCGGGUGGAGUUGGCGCGGGCGGAGCGGAGUUCGUUGACGACGGCGACUCAACUGCGGGAGACGCACAGCGGCGAAGUCGCGCAGCUGCGGGCCUCCUUCGAGGCGGAACUUCGCCACGCCGCCCGCAAGGCGGAGGAAGUGCAGCAGCAAUUACUGCAGGAUGUGCGGGAGAAGGAUAAGGCACUGCAGGAGGCGCAGCAACGAGCCGCCGCAUUGGAGUCAUCCGUGAUAAAACUACAGUCCAAAUUGAGACUCACAGAGGACAGGUGUAAUGCUCAAGAAAAGGAAUUGGAGGGUCUACGGUCUUCAAAUCAUGAACUUCAAGAUUUUCGAAAUCAUGCUACUCGAUCACUCUCUGAUAAUGAACUUAAUUACGUGAAAAUUCAAGAACGAUUACGUAGUGUUUCAGAGACCUUAAGAUCACGGGAAGAAGAAGUUAAUUCCUUACGAGAGCAAUACCAAAAGCAGGAUAAUUAUAUUCGUAUCAUCACUGCACAAAAUGAGCAACUUACAGAAAGAAAUAAGAAGAAUGAAGUAUCAUUAUCAAAAGCACAUCAUAUUAUUACUAAUCAACUAAAACAUGUGAAGAGUAUGAAGGAACGUGAAAACAUGAUAAAAAAACAAUUAAACAGUCAAAGUGCUCUUUUACAAGAAAAGGUGGCUACUAUUUCUAGAUUGAGAGAUGAACUUAAUUCUUCAGCAGAACGAAUUCAAACUCUUCAAAGUAAAUCAGCUGAAUUACGUGAUCAAUUGGGAAAAACAGAUGCUGCACGUGAAAAACUUGCUCAAGAAUUAAAACAAGGCCAAGAUGCCCUUAUUCACCUUCAGCGAAGUACCAGUGUAAAUGGAAGACAUUGGUCUGUUAUGAGUGGUCCUAUCGGUAGUAGUAGCAGUCUUGGUCUAGGUCUUAGUACCAGUUGUGGUUCAACUUCAUAUGAUGUCUACAAGGAACUUAAUAAAAAUGCCAACACGACACUUCGAAAUGGUGGAUUAGCUAAUCCAUAUGUAUCGAAUGAUAUUACUGUUUCUUCUAUGACAAAUCAUCAUUCUGUACAGAAUGGUGGUGAAAAUAAUCAACAAAAUGCAAAGACUAAAACUCAAAAUGAUGUAAAAGAGAUGCAGCAGAAGAAUUCUAUUUAUUCAGUAAGUAAUAAAAAAAUUCUUAACCCACAAAUGGGUAUAGUAGUUGGUACAGAGGAUGGAACAACCAAGUUAUUUAAUACAGAAGAAGGCUCAAUAUUAAAUGGUAAACAAAAACGUCAACCCUUGGAUACAACAGCAAUUAAUGUGGCAUUGAAUCAAACAAAUAACGGAUUUGCCGCUAAGAGUUUUUUCAAUGAUGAGGUUGAUAAAACAGAACUCUCAACCAACACUGCUUCUUUUAUUGGGAAAGUACCAGCAGCAACAGCAGGUCCGAGUGCCUACUUUUAA